UUUACGUUAUUUUGCACUUUGAUCGUCCGCUGCUAAAACGAUGUUGAAACCAAUAGAAACAUUCCAAAUAAGAUAACCCACAAGAACAAUGGACUUUCGAAAUGCCCGUGCCAGGCAGCCGGAAAUCGUGCGAUCCGUGCAGAAGGAUGCUCGAUAUACGAACGAGCUGGCCGAGGAAUUCUCGGAUGUCCUGCGGCUCACUGGGCCGCGAAAUUGGAUUAAAUUCAAUCAGAUGUGCAAACUGCUGGCGGAGCUCAGCUAUCAUGGAUUCUCCUCGGUGAACAAUCUUCAGACGCUGGGCGAGGAGUACACGGGCAUCAUACAGGUGGAUGGCAACUACAAGCAGAUACCCAGUCGACUGAUGCAACUACUUGCCAUUGUCCUAGAGUUUGGUGGGGAUGCCCUGUUCCAGCGAUUACUGCAAAAGCUGGACCUGUACAUAGCCGGUCACGAGGAGAUACGGCCCGAGGCCAAGCAGCAGCUGAAGAGACUCAUCCAUCGCCUGAAACAGUCGCCCAGCUAUGUGAAGGCCCUGCACAAGUCGCUCUUUUACCUGAAUGCCAGCAAGUACCAGCUGUCCAAGCGCACCACUGCCAUCAACUACGUGCUCAUCCGCCACUGGCUGCAGCCAGAGUUCUCGCUGUACGGCUACAAGAUACUGGGCGUCAUCACAUUCCUGCAGGUGACCGUCUCCCUGGCCAUCAACAGCUUGGACGCCUGGCGGGAGCACAAGCGACAGCAGCUGGAUUCCCUGAAGCACACGGCCAAACGUUUCCUUCAGCGCGCAUCGGUUGUCCAGUCAUCGGAUUGCGUUGCUCCCCAGUGCAUACUCUGCCUGGAGCCGCGCACCAGCUGCAGCCUGACGCCAUGCGGCCACAUCUUCUGCUGGGGCUGCAUUCUAGAGUGGCUGGAGGAGCGCGACGAGUGUCCGCUGUGCCGCGAGUCCCUGAAGAAGUCGCAAGUGAUACAACUACAGAAUUACGCCUAGGAUUAAUUGUGUGUUUCGAUUUUAUUUAAAACUGUUUCUAUGUAUAUACACAACUUAUGUGGAGGAUUGGGGUGCGUCCUAAAUCUGUUUAAUGCCUAAAUAUUAUAUAUUUGUAUUUACAUUCAUUACACUAGAUAAACCCAACA